GGCCCAUAUGAUUUGGCCCAGAAGAGACUUUAAGUUUCCUAAUACAGUUAACGGUUUACUCAGUGAACCGGAGGGAGACAGCGAGAUGAGGCCGGAGAUAGUUCUGUUCGGCGACUCGAUCACGGCGCAGUCUUUUAGGUCCGGCGGUUGGGGAUCUGCUCUUGCCGACGCUUACUCUCGCAAGGCUGAUGUUGUGGUUCGAGGCUACGGCGGCUACAACACCCGAUGGGCUCUCUUCUUGCUUCAUCACAUCUUCCCUCUCGUCAGUACUUUUUAUCUCUCUCUCCCUCCCUCGAGUCUACAAAUGUUGAUUUGAAAUUUGAUCUAAACACGAACGAAUUUUGGUAGUCAUUGGGAUGAUUUUGUUCAUGAGCUGUUGUGAUUGUGUGUAUGAUCUGUGUGGAUAUAGAUCUUGAGUUAUUGUCUCUUGUGCAUCAUUUUUUGUUUUGCUUAUGCUUGUUAUGGUUCAGUUCUGAAUGGUUUUGAUAUGAUUCUAGGAUGUGUUGGUUUUAUGACAUUGUCAUGGAUUGGUUGAAGUACGAAAGAUUUAGAUUUGAAUUUUGAGAUGGGCUCUUCGUCUCCUCCUGUUGCUACGACGAUAUUCUUCGGUGCAAACGAUGCAGCUCUCAAAGGAAGAACCAGUGAUAGACAACAUGUGCCGGUGGAAGAGUACACAGAUAAUGUCAGAAAGAUUGUUCAGCAUUUGAAGAAAUGUUCACCUACAAUGCUAAUUGUGCUUAUAACUCCACCACCAAUUGAUGAAGCUGGACGUCAAAGUUAUGCAGAAUCAAUCUACGGUGAGAAAGCUAUGAAAGAGCCUGAGAGAACAAACGAAACAACAGGGGUAUAUGCACAACAUUGUGUUGCAUUGGCCGAGGAACUCGGUCUGCGAUGUGUCAACUUAUGGUCUAAGAUGCAGGAAACCAAUGAUUGGCAGAAAAAGUACCUAAGUGAUGGGCUCCAUCUCACGCCUGAAGGCAAUGGGGUAGUUUUUGAUGAAGUCUCGAGAGUUUUUAGAGAAGCUUGGCUCUCUCCCGAAGAAAUGCCGUUUGAUUUCCCCCAUCAUUCGCAUAUCGAUGGUAAAAACCCAUCGAAAGCUUUUGAAGAGCGUUGCUUAUAACGAUCAUCCCCAAAUUCAUGAGCAGGUUUGUUUUGAUUUAAAUUCAUGAACACGUUUCAAUGUUGUGAUUUAGAAAACUCUCGGAUGUGAAUAAAUACCUAAAAAGUGCAUCAUCACUAGAGAUCGUUUUCAAGAGAAAUGAACUUAUGAUGUACUUACUAUAUGUUGUGACUUUUGACUUAUGUACCUGCACUAGCUUUCUAUCUUCCUUGCUAUAUAUUUCAGUCUGAAAGAUUUUUUUUAAUCUUCUUUUCAAUGUCA